AUGACACUUGACAUUCUAACUGGAUAUUUCUACAAUUUCACAUGCGUCGCGUCAGUAUCGGACUCGCCAGACAUACUAUUGGACGUGGUCACGCCGCUGACGACCACAGUGCGAGUCACAAUGGAAGGCUCUGACGACGCCAUGCUGGUGUCUGCGUUGGACGCCAACUGCCUGGGCGUCGUGGUGCGCUGUCGCGACGCCGCUGGCGUCGUCGGUGCCCUGCUGAAAGCGUCGCGCCGUGCCACGCGCCGCGCCAACAGACGCCUGCUGGUGCUGCCAACAGCCACGCUGCAACCUGUCGACACGGACUCGCUGUUCGCUUUGACAGACAUCAAGCUUGCGCCCGACACCCUGGUGGCCAGACUGUUGGACGAUGGAGUUAGUUUCGAGUUGGUGACGCUGAGGUUCACCGGUCGCCGAACGUGGCGGGAAGAGUUGGUGCUGGCCCGGUGGGUGCAAGGCUGCGGCAUCGUGCCGUCGGACGCCGACCUCUUCCCAGACAAGCUGGCCGACCUCAAGGGGCGCGAGCUGGCCUUCGCCACCUUCCACUACCCGCCGUACGCUGUGCUGGAGGACUCCACGGGCACACAGGACGGCAUGGAGACGCGAAUACUGCUGGAAUUUGCCAAGAAGGUAAACGCAAGUUGGCGUCUGACGGUGGACGCGGAGCACGAGUGGGGCGAGAUCUGGGACAACAACGGCUCCGGGAACGGCAUCCUGGGCGCCGUGGUGACCGACGCGGCGGACGCGGGCUACGGCGCGCUCUACCAGUGGUUGCACGAGUACCUCUUCCUGGACUUCUCGCGGCCCUACAUCCGCACCGGCAUCACGUGCCUGGCGCCGCGGCCGCGCCCUCUGCCGGGCUGGCAGGUGCCGCUGCUGCCCUUCUCGGCCCACCUCUGGGCCGCCGUCGGCGCCUCCGUCCUCGUCGCCACCGCCGCCCUCUUUGCUGCCAGGAGGAGCUCCGACAGGAUGCUCGGAGAAGAGGCGGUGCGCGCGGCUGCAGGCAGCAGGUACUCUACAAUAGAAGACUGCUUCUUUCGGUCGGUGGGCCUGCUGGUGCUGCAGACGCCGGACGUGGAGCGGCGCCACACACGUGUCGUGGGCCCCACGCGCCACGUGCUGUCCUGGCUGCUGAUCGCCUACCUGCUCGUCACCGCCAGCUACGGCAGCGGACUCUCCUCCGUGCUCACCGUACCAAAGUACGAGCCGCCCAUCGACAGCGUGCGCGACCUUUACGAGAGCGGCAUUGAGUGGGCGGCCACCCACGAGGCGUGGGUGUUCUCGCUCAGGGAAGCCACCCAGCCGGUAAUCACUGACCUUUACCACCGCUUCCGAGUCCACAAGGAGGACGUCUUGCACGCUAGGACCGUAGCCAGAGACCUUGCGUACUCCAUCGAACGGCUGCCAGCAGGGUAUUUCGCCAUCGGUAACUACAUCGACGAGGAGGCGGCGAGCAGGUGGCUGCGACCGAUGCGCGAGGACAUCUACUGGGAGCGGAGCAACGUGGUGGUCCGCAAGGGCUGGCCGCACCUGCGACACCUGGACGCCCUCAUCGACAGGCUGCUCGACUCGGGGCUUCUGCUCGCCUGGGAGGGGCAGGUGUCUCGCCAGUGGAUGGCCGCCCGCGUGCAGCUGGCGGUGCAGACGGCCAUCUCGUCGUCCUCGUCGCACGCUGGAGACGGCCCAACGAAACUGCGGCUGGGACACGUCCAGGGCGAGUUCGCGCUGCUCAUAUUAGGGCUGGUGCUGUCUAUCAUCACUUUCCUUGCAGAGUUGCUUGUUUACAAAAUAACCACCAGAAAUCUCGUCAGCGUGUAUCCAAGGAGAGAACGUCUCGCCCCGAACCGGAAACAUCGUAGCUCCAGUUGUCACCAAGACAAGAUGUGGGCUUAG